AUGUCGGGGCUCGAGAUUCUCGGAGCCGUGGCGAGCUCCAUCGCCCUAAUUCGACAGCAAUGCGACGGCCUUAAGAAGGAGAUCGUUACGAUCGACGGGUUCAUCCUCGAGGCUAUGCGACAGACGGGCCUACCGUUAUGCCCACAACCCCCUCCAGGGACGACGCAGGAACACCCGAUGGUUUCGCUUGCAGUCCAGGAGCUUCAGGGGAUCCUGGAAGCGCUCAAUCAGAUCGUGUUCAAGUACACAAACGAUCGCAAAUGGCACGACCCGAGGCGGAUAGCAAGGAAGAUGCAAUGGCUCUCCGAGGGCAAGAAGAUCGAGGAACUUGGACGGAAAGCCCGGGAAACAAAGCACGACCUGCACUUGGCGAUCACUUUGAGGACUUCAUCCUCCGUCAGUAGAAUCGGAACACAGCAAGAAGUGUCUGUGGCCUGGACGCCUGUUCGUUUUGACUUCAAAGCUGAUAAUGGUCUAGGAUUCUACACUCAAUCAAGCAGCGCACGGUCUAUUAUCUGGAAGGCCAUCAACAAAGCCAAACGGGACUACUCAAUGGCCCUCUCUCUGGCCCAACUCAGGCUCCGGAUUGUAAACUCUACCAACCAGGUCUGGCUAUGGAUUGGAAAACCGCCAGUGCUACGACACCAUAUUAGUGAGGGUCUGGUACUUUUUCCAGAUGAUACCACCGAAUUUGGCACUGACUUGAUAGAAAAAGCCAUCGUUGAUCAAGCAUAUGAGAGUAUUGAGAUUUUGCUCGAGAUGUGGAAAAAUGUGCUCCCACAACAAGGACUGCCAAAGUUGAGGGUUGGUUAUGCUGUCAACUUCACUCUUGUGCACCACUCUAGGAGUGUCGCCGAUGACAAGACCAGACAUGUUCUGGCAAAGGUGCUGUCGUUUGCACAAGGAUAUCGGCGUAUACGCAGAACCCACCAGGCAGCGAGGCAAGGCGACACGGUUCAGAUGCGGCAGGCACUGCGAGAGCAACCGGAAGCUAUAAACGAGCUCGACAGCUGUGGAAACGCUCCGAUUCAUUACGCUGCCAUGUACGACAAUAUAGACGUGCUAGAGCAGUUGAUACUUGCCGGGGCUGACACUAUCAGACGAGACUUUGAAGGUUGGACUCCGCUUAUGAUUGCUACAGAAAAUGGUCAUGAAGAGGCAGCGCAAAUCCUUCUACAGAAUGACCAAUGCUGUCGUCAUGUUGACCUACAAAGAAAUGAUGGAAGAACUGCGCUGCACUGUGCUGUACGAGCAGAAUCUCCUGAGUGUGUUCACAUGUUGCUCGAGGCAGGUGCGUCUGCGGAAAAACGCGACUUCAUCGGCCACACUCCACUGCAUCUCCUUGCUCCGAGCCAGGCAGAUCAACAGACAGCUCAUCGAAUCAUUCGCCUCCUUCAGGGACAACACGCCAGACUAGAUGCGCAAGACAACUUUGGCGUGACGGCAUUGCUUCAAGCAGUCAAGCAAAACAACGCCCCAGUCUUGCGCGCUCUUGUUGAUGCUGGUGCAUCGCUCAAUACAACAACUACAUCCUCUGAAAAUAUUCUUCACUUGGCCGCUUAUACUGCUUAUCUUGAAACGAUAAAUUAUCUGGCGGAACGGCAUCUUACACUCGUUGACCCCAGACUGCGCGACGUCCGUGGCCUCACUCCCCUGGGCAGGCUGGGUUGGUGUUGGCAGGCGGAGGAGUGGCAACUCACCGGCAAUCUACGCCGACCAAGCCCGGAAGAACAGCAAACAUUUGUAUCCCUCUACUUCGGAUUGCUGUCUCACUACCUGCUACGCCACAUGUCAACUCUCAAGCAGCUUCUUCGAGCUGCAGAACAACGGGACACAUCUACAGCGAGCGAGCGCAUCGCUGCCUUGAUUCAGAAGAGUGAUGACAGUGGAAGAGGACACAUGGUGAGCUGGUAUCGUGGAAUACUAGGCAAUGUGAGGGAUGAAAACUGGGAUCAGGUUGUCCUGGAUGUGCAGGACGAAUACGACGAGGUGUAUGAGGAGUUGGGUCGAGCGGGCGUUGCGAGGAACAAAACUCUCGCAGACCCAGAGGUCAGAGCGUUUGCCUAA